AUGGCGCAGGGGAAUCGGGAGAGCGGGACCGUGAGCUGGUUCAACAGCCAGAAGGGGUUCGGGUUCAUUAAACCUGAUUCCGGUGGUGAGGACCUCUUCGUCCAUCAGACCUCCAUCCGUUCCGAUGGCUUCCGAGUCCUCACCGAGGGGGACGCGGUCGAGUUCGUGAUCGAAGAGGGCGACGAUGGGAGAUCUAAGGCCGUUGACGUCACCGGUCCCAACGGUGCCUUCAUUUCUUCAUCCGGCGGUGACAGGGGUUUCUCCGCUGGCAGGGCGAGAGGAGGCGGGGAUUAUUACGGCAGCGGCGGUGGUGGGGCCGGCUACGGUGGUGGUGCGGGCGGCUACGGCGGUGGUGGGGGCGGAUACGGCGGUGGUGGAUACGGGGGGGGCGGCUUCGGCGGGGCUUUCGGUGGCAGCUGGGGUGGUGGAAGAGGUGGGCGGAUGAGUGGUGGUGGUGGUGGUGGAGCAUACGGUGGUGGCGGCGGUGGAGGGUGCUACAACUGCGGGCAGCCUGGCCAUAUGGCUAGGGAUUGCCUGCAAGGGGGUGGCAGUGGUGGCGGCGGUGGCGGUGGCGGUGGCGGGGGGACGUGUUAUAACUGCGGGCAGCCUGGGCAUCUGGCGAGGGAAUGCAACCGAGGGGGUGGUGGCGCGGCUUGUUAUACUUGUGGGGAAACUGGUCACCUGGCUAGAGACUGUCACCUAGGAGGUGGUGGCGGUCGCUUUUCCGGCGCUGGUGGCGGGGGAGGGGGAGGGGGAGGGGGAGGGGGAUGCUUUCACUGUGGGAAGCCGGGACAUUUCGCGAGGGAAUGCCCUAGCAACGCCUAA